AUGGAUCUAUUUACUAUAAAUUCAAAAUUAGAAAAUAAUCAAUAUACAAGUUUAAAAGAAUUUGAAAAAGAUAUUCGUUUAAUAUUUUGCAAUUGUUAUACAUAUAAUGAUAUUAAAAGUAAAGAAUAUUGUUCAGGUAGAAUAUUAGAAUCUAUUUUUAAUGAAAAAUGGAAUGAAAAAAUUAUUCUUCAUGAUAGACAAACAAGAGAACUGAAAAGAGUAAGAGAUACUGAUACUGAUGAUACUGAUGAUACUGAUAAAUCCUGGAAGAAACAAUGUCAAAUUUUAGAACAAAAUAAAAAUAAUUUAAUAUAUAGACAGGUUAUUAAUGAUGCACUCCUUNCUGAUAAAUCCUGGAAGAAACAAUGUCAAAUUUUAGAACAAAAUAAAAAUAAUUUAAUAUAUAGACAGGUUAUUAAUGAUGCACUUCUUAUUGCUUCAGCAUAUGAAAGUCUUGUUGUAGGUAAUAUUAUACCAUUUAUUGAAAUUUUAAAGACAUUUCUAUUAACUAGAUCAAAAAUGUCUUUAUCUUCAGCAAAUGAAUCUAUGCUUCAGGCAAUUAUUGAAAGUCUUCUACCAUUAAAAUAUCGUAUUCCAGAGCUUUCAUUAGUAAUGGAUGGCAAAAAGUUAAAGGGAUCAGGUCGCUUUGGUUAUUCAGAUAUUUUUGUUUUGAAAGGAAUAGGUGAUAUUUACUAUAUUAGCUUAGAAUUAAAAUAUAUUUCAUUUGUUGGUUUAAUAAAAAAUCAUAAAGCUAAAUAUGGUGCAAAUGAAUUAGAAAACUUAGAUAAAAUCCUUGAAAAGGAAAUUGAAGAAGAUUUACUAAAAAGACCAUAUACAUAUUGGUCCAAAGAACAUAAAAGAACAAAUCAGACAACUAUAGGUGAAGUAUUUAACAGUGGUAUAAGUCAACUUGAUUCAUAUAUGAAUACAAUUUCAAAGGGAAGAGUUGUUGAUUAUUCUUGUUCAGGAAUAUUUGAUUAA